AUGGCUAUUCUUAAGGGAUACAGCGCUACAGAGAAAAUUAACGUUCCACAGUUUCUCUGUAGAACAUUAUUUUUCUCACUUUUAAUUUGGUUCCUAAAUUGUUCUAAUUACGAAAAAUGUGAUAGGAGGAGUGACCAGCAGUGCGAGCUUCCAAAUGGGCUCAAGUCCACUGUCAGCAGAUCCUUAUCAGUAGUACGAAGGAUGGGAAAAUACAACGCUCCACUUAGAACCCGUAUAGUAAAGGAAGUUACCCGUGGAGGCUUUAAAGAGUAUGAAGAAAAAUAUGAAACCAAACAUUACACUUUAAAGGAAAAUGUAGAUGAAAACAAUAAGGAUUGUGAUGAAAAGUACGAGGCAGCCAAUUACGGAUUCAGAGAAAAAUGCCCCUACGAGGUGAACCCAUAUACUGGUGCAACUGGACCUAAUAUUUUAUUAUUGAAAAAAAGAUUCCACCAAAAUUUGAAGGGAGAAGAAAUUGAUGACGAUGACGAUGAAGAAGCUCCACUAACUAGUAAGCUACCUGGUUCCUUAGAAGCAUGCGAAAGGGGAUGUGGUGGAAGAAGAAAAAGACGUUCCAAAGGAGACGAUGAUUAUCCUACUAUAGUAAAAGAAUACGAAGAAGUUGGCGCACAAGGAUAUAAAGGAAAUCCAAGAGGACGAGGCCAUCCAGGACAUCAAGGAGGACCAGAUAGUCCAAGAAGACGUCCAGUUAAAGUAGUAGAGCCUGAUUCAGACAUGAUGACAUAUAAACCACCUGCAAGAGGAAGAGGCCCAGCUAGAAUGGGAGAACAUGGCGCACAAGGUCCAUCAAAACAACAUAUGUUAAAGCAACAACCACAGGGCAAUUUAAAGAAAGAUCAUUGGCCAACAGGACAUCAGGGACAAAAGGAACAAUUCAACAAACCCAACCCCACCGUAGGUCAAUACUCUAAACCAACCGUAAGUCAACCACCUAAACCCACCGUAAGUCAACAACCUAAACCUACCGUAAGUCAACCACCUAAACCCACCGUAAGUCAACAACCUAAACCCACCGUAAGUCAACCACCUAAACCCACCGUAAGUCAACCACCUAAACCCACCGUAAGUGAACAAGCUAAAAAAGAACAAGCUAAAAAAGAACAAGCCAAAAAGGAACAAGCCAAAAAAGAACAAGCCAAAAAAGAACAAGCCAAAAAAGAACAAGCCAAAAAAGAACAAGCCAAAAAGGAACAAGCCAAAAAGGAACAAGCCAAAAAGGAACAAGCCAAAAAGGAACAAGCCAAAAAGGAACAAGCCAAAAAAGAGCAAGCCAAAAAUGACAAAUCUAAGAAAAAUAAAAUAUGA